UUUAUGUGAAAGGAGGUGGAGGUGGAUGUGGAUGUGGCGAAGGUAGCAGUUACACUAGCAAUCGAAUUUAUUCUUCAGGUUCUGGAUGGGUGUUUUGGUAUUAUUAUACAGAUGGUUGGAGACGUCGCGAAAAUUAUUGCAUAGUCACACUUUCAACAACAGGAUUUUUAAUAAUACUGAUAUUAUAUUGCAACAUUAGUACUAAGAAAAAAUCAAAUCAAAUCAAAUCAAAAGAAGUAAAAACUAUAAUUGUAAAACUUUCCCCCGAAAUUACAUUAGCAGCUGUUAUUGCUUGGAACCGUUCAUUGAAUGAAUAUCGAUUAGAGACACCUCCCGCAUAUGAUAAUGUUUCUUUAGCUCCUGUACCACCUCAUCUUUUUGAUUAA